CAAACUUUGAUUGACAUUUCAAUUAAAUUAUAGCCAAACUUACAGAACUCGCUGUCGCUGGCGGGUAUGUUUCGAGUGCAGAAAGUUUUGCUGGCCGAAUACGAGGAGAUUUACGAACCGGUGCUGGUGGAGAAUCCCUUCACCCUGGUGGAUAUCCGUGGGAUGGGCCUACGCCAAUACCAGAUAGGCCUCACCUGCAAUCGACUGCUCUUCGGCUGCGACAAUUUCUCGAAGUACGGGGAUGUGCCCAGUUUCCUGGCCAGAGGAUUGGAUCCGGAGAUCGAGAGCUUCGAGCUGGUUAGCAUGCUGCCCCUGCAGUUGAUUCGGUUCCAUUUCUUCAGAAAGGCCACCCGUUGCCUCAUGAUGUUGAACAUUGUCCAGCCGUUGGGCAGGCCACUGGCUAUUCUGGAACACCCCAUGAUCUUCGAGUUCGGGGGCCACAUCUUUAAGCAACACUUCUGGCACACCUGGCGGGAAAGGGUGGCCAGCAUACGGGUGAUGCAGCCCAUCUAUGGCCAGAUCACCGGCGCCUCUCCCUUCUCCAGCACAGAUGUCCAGCUGGACGAGGAGCUCACGGUGGCCCAGGUGCAUCCUGUGCCUCGAACCCCCUCCCUCUACAGUGCCUGUCAUGCGGGGACCGGUGAUUUCGGCUAGUCAUCUUAAGAGGCUUUGGGCCGAGUUUCCCUUUUCCAUUAACAGAUGGUAACCGAAGGCUUGAGUUGCCAGCUGUCCGUA